AAUCAUUUGUAUUCAUUAAAUUAUGAAUUCAUUUGCUAACGCAAUAAAACAAUAAUCCACUCAAUUUCCAGGUAAUCCACAGAGUGACAGCCGGUUCAUGCACGUACUUUUGGGACACAUACAUAAUUCAGACUAUAGAGAUAUUGGUAAAAUAGGAUGUGGACGUCGAUGUGGUUUACAAGUGUUCUCGCAAUUUUGGUCGCUGAUAUAAGAACUGGUGCUAUUCAAAACAAAGAAGUCGAGGUCCAACGAUGCUACCAGUGUCCGGGUGGAAAUGCUACUGAGUGCUCUCAACAAAAAGUUGCUAUUGCGUGUCCUCCUGAACAACCAUACUGCGGUACCGUCGCUGUUGGACCUCGUUUUGAUUCGAUGCUCAAAUGUUUGCCCGAAUUCAAGAGUUCGUGCUCAAUGAAACAUAGCUCGAAUUCGAUAUUCGAAUUAUCCUGCACUUGUUCCGGAGCAUUGUGCAAUGCACCUUUCACACAAAGCACUCAAAACCGAUUGAUGGAUUUCGCAAAAUCCAAUACUGUAAACAGUAGUGAUGUAACAAAAGAAUUCUACGAAUAUUUCAACAUAGAGAAUGCUACUGAUGCUUACAAAGUGGUAACCAAUAAAGAAGUUAAGACUACAACUAAUUAUGCAACAAUAUCGACUGUUACGAAAUUAAAUGAUGUAUUGAUUAUAAAUGCGAAUCAUACGAAUGAAAUCGAUCUUCCUCACGCUGAACCAUUGAAGCACGAAGCGACUGUCCCUCCUGAUGAUGAUGAAGAUGAGACAGAAGGUAGUGGCACGUAUGACGACAGUAAAACUCCUAAAAAUACAGUAUCUGCUCCCGCAGCACCAAGUUCUUUUCUGCCUGCUGAAGAAAAUAAAGCUUCCAAAGUCGUAGAAAACAUAUUA